UCGGCGCCGCGCGGUGGCGAUCGCAGGGGCGGGCGCGGGCUCGGCCCCGGCGCUGGGGGCGGGCUUUUAGGAAGAAGUCCCGGGCUGGGCGAGUGGAUGCCCGGCGAUCUGCCUCGCAGCCUCUGCAGCGGAGGACCUGCCCGCCUGCCCGCCCCGGGCGCGCCCCACGGCCGGACUUCAUUCCUCUUUCUCCGGGGCUGCUCGCUGCGCCGCGCUGCGCCGGGGACCGGGUUGCCAUGGUGAAGGAGAAAGUGGCCCACCCGCAGGACCCUCACCACCCCUCCGAGAAGCCCGCCAUUCACUGCCAUAAAUGUGGGGAGCCUUGCAAGGGCGAGGUGCUCCGGGUCCAGACCAAGCACUUCCACAUCAAAUGUUUCACCUGCAAAGUGUGCGGCUGUGACCUGGCCCAAGGUGGCUUCUUCAUAAAGAACGGGGAGUAUCUCUGCACGCUGGACUACCAGAGGAUGUAUGGGACACGCUGCCAUGGCUGUGGGGAGUUCGUGGAAGGAGAGGUGGUGACUGCCCUGGGCAAGACCUACCAUCCCAACUGCUUCGCGUGUACCAUCUGCAAGCGCCCGUUUCCACCCGGGGACCGCGUCACGUUCAACGGGAGAGACUGCCUCUGUCAGCUCUGUGCCCAGCCGAUGUCGUCCAGCCCUAAGGAAGCCUCCUGCUCCGGCAACUGCGCCGGCUGCGGAAGGGACAUCAAGAACGGGCAGGCGCUGCUGGCGCUGGAAAAGCAGUGGCACUUGGGCUGCUUUAAAUGCAAGGCCUGCGGGAAGGUCCUCACCGGCGAGUACAUCAGCAAGGAUGGCGCUCCGUACUGCGAGAAGGACUACCAGGGCCUCUUUGGGGUGCAGUGUGAAGCCUGCCACCAGUUCAUCACCGGCAAAGUCCUGGAGGCAGGUGACAAGCAUUACCACCCCAGCUGUGCACGAUGCAGCAGAUGCAACCAGAUGUUCACAGAAGGAGAGGAAAUGUAUCUUCAAGGUUCUACCGUUUGGCAUCCAGACUGUAAGCAGUCUACCAAGACAGAGGAAAAGCUGCGGCCGCCAAACCCUCGGCAUUCUCCCUCCGAUUUCUUUUAUCCCAAAAGUCUGAUCCGACGCACAGGACGGUCUCCGUCGCUGCAGCCCACCAGGACUUCCUCCGAGAGCAUCUACUCCAGGCCGGGCUCCAGCAUCCCCGGCUCCCCGGGCCACACCAUCUACGCGAGAGUGGACAACGAAAUCCUGGAUUACAAGGACUUGGCAGCCAUUCCCAAGGUCAAGGCAAUUUAUGAUAUCGAGCGCCCAGAUCUCAUUACCUAUGAGCCCUUCUACACGUCCGGCUACGAUGACAAGCAGGAGAGACAGAGCCAGGGGGAGUCUCCGAGGACUCUGUCUCCCACUCCCUCCGCAGAAGGGUACCAGGACGCGCGGGACCGCAUGAUGCACCGGUCCACCAGCCAGGGCUCCAUCAACUCCCCCGUGUACAGCCGCCACAGCUACACUCCCACCACGUCCCGCUCCCCCCAGCAUUUCCACAGACCCGAGCUGCUGCCUCCUGGUGUGCACAGGUUGUCCUACCUGCGCACCAGCAGCCUCAGCUCCGCCCACAGCGACUCCCGCCCCAACUCCCCCUUCCGACACCACUUCAUCCCCCAGGUCAAAGGCAAUGAGCCGUCCAGCGGCCGGAACUCCCCUCUCCCCCACCGGCCCGACAGCCGCCCUCUCACUCCAACUUACGCUCAGGCCCCUAAACAUUUCCAUGUUCCAGAUCAAGGAGUCAACAUCUACCGAAAACCGCCCAUCUACAAGCAGCAUGAUGCAGCUGCCUUGGCAGCCCAGAGCAAGUCUGCAGACGACAUCAUCAAGUUUUCCAAGUUCCCAGCAGCGCAGGCGCCAGACCCCAGCGAGAUCCCAAAGAUUGAGACGGACCAUUGGCCUGGUCCCCCCUCACUUGCCGCCGUAGGAGCUGACAUGAGACGCAGAUCUAGCGGCAGAGAGGAAGACGAUGAGGAACUCCUGAGACGCCGGCAGCUUCAGGAAGAGCAGCUCAUGAAGCUCAACUCGGGCCUGGGGCAGCUGAUCCUGAAGGAAGAGAUGGAGAGGGAGCGGGAGAGCCGGGAGAGGGCAGCCCUGGCAGCCAGUCGCUAUGAUUCUCCCAUCAACUCAGCUUCACACGUUCUGUCAUCUAAAACCUCGUCUCUCCCAGGCUAUGGAAGAAACGGGCUCCACCGGCCCGUGUCUACAGACUUCGCUCAGUACAACAGCUACGGGGACGUCAGCGGGGGAGUGCGAGACUACCAGACCCUCCCGGAUGGCCACAUGCCUGGCAUGAGAAUGGACCGCGGCGUGUCUAUGCCCAACAUGUUGGAGCCAAAGAUAUUUCCAUAUGAAAUGCUCAUGGUGACCAACAGAGGGCGCAACAAAAUCCUGAGAGACGUGGACAGGACGCGGCUGGAGCGCCACCUCGCCCCGGAAGUGUUUCGGGAAAUCUUCGGGAUGUCCAUCCAGGAGUUUGACAAGUUACCUCUCUGGAGACGCAACGACAUGAAGAAAAGAGCAAAACUCUUCUGAGUCCCACGCUGGACUCUUCCAAGCCCCACACGUAGACACGCGAUGAGGAGGAGGACUGCCGAGGGCUGUGACGCCUGGGAUGGCGUAUGAAGCUUUGAACUGGACUGGGGAAUCUGCAAACUACUGCCCCUCAGCACCAACCAAAAGGGGGAACUCUGGUGACAACACCCACGAGCCAAAUACCGGGCCGACCAACGGCAACCCUUGCCAAGAAGCCAUGGGGUAGCGAUUUCUAUGUUCCCACACAUGUGACCUUUCACACCACCUUGUGCACACGACAGGGGCCCCUCUCCGGUUUCCCUUUCACCGUCCAGCCGUAGUGCUCACUGUCUGGGUUAAGAGCCAGCAAGUGCCCUUAAGAUGCCGCAUGGGGCAAGCAGCUGACCUCCUUCCCCGUCUGCGUACGUUCGCGAUGUGGCAUGUGGCUAAGAAGCGAGGGCCUGGGGGCGUGUCCGUGCGGUGGCAGCCAUUGGCACCCCCCUCCGCCCCGGCCUCUGGCAGCUCUGCUCCUGCGGGAUGGAACCCCCAGUGGGAACCCAGUGGCUACCGGAGUGGGCUGAGUAGCAGCCGGAGCCAUUUUUAGCAAGCUCCUUAUCCUCCACUGUCACCCAGGCCCUGGUUUACAAAUUACCUUUCUUUUUCUUCAUUUGAAGGGGGAUGGAAUGAAAGGAAAAGCUCCAUCACUCGUGUUCUGCUUCAGAUAGCGUGAUUCAGGCCUCCCCCUGUUGGCCAAGAAAGGAAAGGGGCAGUCGCUGCUAGAUUGGCACAGGUGCAUGCUGUUCGGUGAUUCCUGUCCAGCGGCCAUGGCACUCUCCUGGGCCCUCCCGAUGCCAGUUCCCACCCUCCGCUCUGCACCGGGCAUCGCUGGAUGGAAUCUCGCCCACACUGGUUCUGGGUGGUUGUUUUUUUCCUCUAGAACUUUCCAGUAGUUGGCUAAGGAAAGGCAUGGUUUUUGUUUGAAGUCUCUGCAACUCCAAGGUAGAUGGCCUGACACCGAUUUCCUGUGGCCUUUUAGCUCUUCUCUUUGCUCAGCACUGUAGACCCCGUGUGUGAGUGUGUGUGUGUGUGUGUGUGUGUGCGUGCGCGCACACCCACACGCACUGCACCUGCUAACUUAUUUUACCAACGGCUCUGCCAGGGUGGACCUGGGCUGGCGCCAGACUGCAGUGUGCAGUGCUGCCCCUUCAUGUGGAUCAUUGCCUCUUGGUUCAUCCGAUAUCUCUGCUGCCCCCUCCUCUCCACUCUCGCCCGCGGUUGGCAGCCUGUGUGGCCUGGUCCUGGCCUUGCUCUGGCCAAGUGUGGGCCGGGGGACCAUGGCGUAUUCCCAGCAUUCCCCGGCCACCGUCCAUAGCCAGGCCCCCGGUGCUGGGUGGGGGGAGAGCUUGUCACUGUGGGCGGACCACGGGCCCUCCGUGCUUUCACUGGUAGAGGAGUCAGCCCCGUGCACACGCAGGUCAGCCAGCCACAGGGGGAGCUGCAGUGGAAGUGAAAGAGCUGGGCCCAGCCCGUGCCCACUCACUCCGCGUUGCUUUUCUUGUCGCUUUGGAAUUUGGUUCUGCAUCCGCCUUGGAAGACAGCAACGCUUCUGUCCAUGUCGAGCGUGUGGGCAAAUGUGAACUAUGCCAGGCAGAUGUACAUCACCACCACAUGCCAGGAGCCUCCUGUUUGCAAGCAGAGCCCUGCCUCGCUCUGGAGAGAGCGAGCAUCGAACCCUAACGCAGAGCGGGCUCCCACACACCCUCCUCGGUGCAAAACGGGCCCUGCAUGCUUGUUUGCAGAGUGUCCAGGCCUCCAGGCCCCUGCCCCGUGGGCCCGUCUUCUCUGCCUGAGCCCCGCCCCGCACUGCACAUACAUGUUCCCCGUUAACAGUCACAGGAACAGGAACUGUCCGGGGGUGGAAUCACACACCUGGCGCUGGCACAAGGGCUACAUCUGCACAUUGGGCUUCCUUAGGAUGCUUUCCACUGGCUGAGCAUUGCGGGGGGGUGGGGGAGGGGGGGAGGCGUGGCACCGGGAACAGCAAUGCUUCCUUUAAAGAUUCUUCUGGAAAAGCCAGGCUGCCUUGCAGGCCCCCGCGUGGUGCACGAUGAAGCCUGAAGGGCUGGGACACCCCUGCACCGCUAGCUCUGCCUCCGGUUUGCGGGAGGGCCGAGGGAUGGGAUGUUUGGGAUGCAGCUUCUUCCCUAACAGGAGAUACUUCCUUCUCUGCCCCCUGGGACGGGGGAGGUGUUUGUGGCCAAUAAGGUGCAAAGACAAGAGACACCCGGUAUUUCUCUGUUCUGCCCUCCAGCCGCUCAGCCAGCUCCCAUCCUGUGGUUUCCCAGCUGAGCUUCCCCUUUCGAGCGGUUCGCAGCCCCUCUUCCCCCGCCCUCCUCCAUCCUCACAGCCAGGGCAUGUCCAUCACUCUUCUCGGAGACGUUCUUGCUGGAAAUGUUUAUAAAACCAUCACCUAAUUUCUUCACACUUGGAAGCAAACACCUUUUUCUAAAGAAUCCCUUCUCAGAGGAUUAUAGAAACUACACAUGCUUUUUGGCUGGUUUA